AUGGACAUACACAAGCAGAUUCCCGGCAUCUCCACUCGCUGGCCAGACAUACUAGCUGAUUUAGACUUUGACAAUGACUUCAUCGGCAAAACAACAGUUGAUUUACUUCUUGAACUGGAAAGAGCACUUAGGAACGAAGCAGGAAACACAUUGGAAAACGCUGGAAGAAAAGAGUUCGCACAAGAGUUCAUUGACGCCAUUCGAGAGACUAUUGAAGACCAAGAAAUCAAAGAUACGUCCUUCCAGAAUUGUACAACAGGUUUGAAGUCAUUAGACGACUACUUAGGAGGCGGACUCGAUAAGGGGUCCAUAACUGAGAUAUUCGGGACAAGCGGCACAGGCAAGUCGCACUUGGUCACAACUAGUAUUCUUGCAAACCUCAGUCACCAAACCGACGAUACAUCGACAGAGUCUUUAGUCAUCUGUACCGAGUCUCCUUUGGAGACUCGAAGAUUAACUGAUAUUAGUGGAGAAGGAACGGAUAGGAACUACCUUCUGAAAAUAUCCUACACAUAUUGUCCAGACCUCGACUCGUUCGAUCAUAUAAUCUUUACACAACUUCCUGUCUUACUAGAUCGUGCCAAACUAGAAGGAAAAACAAUCAAUUUGAUUGUCAUUGAUAGUAUAGCACACCAUUUACGCGGCAGUGAUGAUUUCAAGAGCUCUCAGUUUUUCCUCAAGGAGCGGGUUAGAGAGCAAGAAGCAAUUAUAACUUCUCACGGAUGCGAUUAUACUGACUCCACCUCCAGGGACAUCCGAAAUAAGUUCUACAAGUUCAGCACAUCAUUUCGAAAUAGGAUCCUAAGAGCCCAUUAUCUCAUGUCACUUUACGCAGAGUUGGCGAGACUAAGUCGGAUACACCAAGUGCCUAUCCUUUUGACUAAUCAAGUGUCAGACUACUUUGCGUCCGAAAAUUCUACUCCAACCUCUUCUCAACCGUUAGAGUUCUACCAGCAAGUGGGACCAUUCUCAGGUUGGAGCUUUGGGCUUCAGCAAUCUGCGGGACAGAUUCCUUCGUUGAUACAUAACCCAAUCGUAUCACAUAACAGUACCGUUUACCAGGACGAAGACUCACCAUCGUUUAUUGAUGAAGUUGACUUAGAGCUUGUCAAUCAAGAGCUCAACUUUAACUCUCUUGACGACAACCUAAUUAUUAAGGGAGGAUGCGAUUUGUUCACAACAAAGCCUAUUGGUUCAGACAGGAAGUUGUUCAAGACGAUCGAUAGACACUUAGAUCAGAUACUAGAGGACAAUCAACUUUCAAGAUCAAUCGAUCAGGAGCGAAAGCAAUCAAUGAGCUCUCUACUAGGAUCUUCAGCGUCGCCAUCCGGAGCAUCUGGCUACCAACCGACCAAUUUGUCCAGACGAGGAUCAAAUGCGUCGCUGAAUAUCUCGGAUGGCAUAGAGAUUGAUCAAGGCUCCCCAUUUCUUGGUAGUGCUAUCAGUACACUGAGGGGUGACGGCCACUUCAAUGACGAAUCGCCGUUCGGUUCGUUGAAGGAUGUUUCUACUAGAAGGGUCUUUGCAUACUUGAUUGCCAUCCUAAAUACAACGUACCCCGAUCAUGAUUUUUCAAACUUGCAGCCGACAACCGAGAAUUUCCACAGGAUUGAAGCUUUCGAUGAUUUAAGACACCAGUUCAGCAAUAUUUUAAUGUCGCUUGGUAAAAGAGAAGAUUUACUCAGCUGGAUUUGGGAUACCAUCAACGUCUACAUGGAAAUUCAGCCAACCAAUAUGUCUAACCCUGUGGAUAGCAUCCCACGCCGGAGAAGGAGCUCAACCACUCCAUUUCAAACGACGAAUACUGAGUUACAAAAUGAUACCGACAAUUGCAAAGUAUAUGAGUUUCAACCGUCCGACCAAUCCAUUUUGGAAGAUCUAAAUUACCCUUACCAAACAAUGUGGUCUAACUACUGGUUUAUUUACAACAAGAAGAAGAAGAGAGUCUGUUUCCUUUACCUAACCGCCAUCAAUAAGUCUCAUUAUUCUCAAAUGAAGCGCAGCCGAAGCCCUUAUGAAGCUGACUUAAAGGAUACAGAAAAUCGAAAACAUUCAAGCCAAUCAUCCGAUGACGAACUACUGGUUGAUAUAGUCAAUGAUGGGGAUGAGGAAGAUGAGAACGAUUAUAUGAACGAUAGCGAUAUUAUAGGAGGUAUGGAGAUAUAA